UUUGUAGGUCGAGGUAAUUACGUCAUCAGAGGAAAAUGCGGAUCCAGUUCAGCCGACAGAAGGAAAGCUCCUCAUCACGAGCUCCGUCUAUCGCUGUGUUAGCAUUUCCUGUGGUGACUGACCGGGUCUGAGUAGACAGGAGGCUUAAUGGAGUCUGGAUGGGAGAAAACCCUGAACCCCGCUGUAAGAAAUGAGGAGGAGUUGUGAAUUCUUCAAAGUAGUAAGUAAAUGAGUGUGGCUGCAAUAGACACUGUACUCUGCAGAUCUCUGAGCUGCUGAAAUGGAGGAAGCGUACAGUGAAUUGUACCAGCAGUUUAUUCGCCUGAGGUCCCUCUGCAUGAAACAGGCAGCUCUGUUACACCAUCUCACAGCUGCUCUGCAGAAGCAACAAGGUGCUCCUGUUCCAAAUAGAGAGAGUGAUACGAUGCCCUUUCCUGUCCAGUCCACUCAAGAAAUCCCCGUUUGUCUCCAUGAAAAGCCUCAACAAUUCACAACCACAGCAUACCACCCUGCAGCGCAGUGUGGUGUUGAUGGACCCCAUGGAAAUGUUGGGACUUUCUCCAAUCUCCUUGCUGAAGAUAUGUCCAAGCUCUGUGUGGGUUCACCUCCUCAGAGAAAGGAGGAUUGGACCUUGGAACAACAAAAGGUUGCACCUUUGUUAAGUGUGGACUCAGGGUGGCAGGGUGCCUCUUUCAAUGUCUCAAAAAAUCUAGGCCAAGCAGAUCAUCUUGGUGGAGAUAACAUGGUGCUCACUGAAAUGAUGCCUGUGUCAGCAGGUCCCGCCUUAGUCGAGGACUGCCUGUGUCCUUCCAGCGGGAUGCUGAUGUCAGACGUGACACUGCAGUCGCAUGUUUGUGAGUUCUGCCAGGCAGUUUUCCCUGGAGACACCACCACCAGAGGAGAGUUCCUGAGACAUCUUUACACCCAUGUUAGCUGAACUGACCUGACUUUUCUUCUCAACAUUUGAGUUCUGUCUUUUUUAGAAUACACAGUGGUUGACCAGGUAUAACUCAGUGGACCUGGGGCCUCAUGUACAAAGACUUGCGUGGAUUUCCUACUGAAACAUGGCGUACGCUCAAAUCUAGAAAAUGUUAUAUGCACAAAAAAUAUCCAGACGUAUAAAUCUGUGCGCAAGGAUCAACAGCUGUAGGAUCGUGCGGAUGCCAGCCAUGAAGUUGGCGUGAGGCACCGUACAUUUCCACGAUCAUUUCACUCUUGACACAUCUGAACUUUGCCGUGAAAAAGAGCGUACGCCACGUUUUUGUGUGUACGCACUUUUGUACAUGAGGCCCCUGGUCUCUCAAAGAAGCAUUGAAGUUGACCCACCUCAUAUGGAUUUUGUUUGCCUUUGAAUGAUCUGUGUAGAAGAUGGCGUCAUAUUCAUCUGAGAUGUAAAAUAAAGGGUGAUAAUGACCUCGUAUGGUGCCUCUCAAAAAACAUAUAUUAACCUGACAGCAAUUUUUCUAAUGAAUGCGUGUAAUAUGUAAGCAUAUUUUUAUUUGUCUAGUACUUUAUAUAUUUAACUGUGAUUAAUGUCCUGUGUAUGGUGCCCAAUGAUUUAAAAUAUUACAGUUAAAAAAGAUAACAACUCUCAUUCAAACACCUGUUCAAACAUCACUUUGAGAGGGUGGUUUUAACCUCAUCCAAAGCAGACCUCAUCAAUACACCUGUUCUUUUUGAUCCAAUGUAUUUUCACAUUUUGUACAUAAAGGAAAACACUUACCUUUCCUGUUA